AUGAGCCUCAGGGAGUGGUAUAGAGUCGUCCUCAGGGAUGGCAGGGAAGAGACGUUGGACCCUUCCUAUGGGCCAAAGGGCUCGUGGGAGCUGUGGGUCCAUUAUCAUGACAACGGUGGAUAUAGCCAAGUUGAGAUGGUCAGUGAACCAUCUCAGCCUCGGCUGAAGAUGAGUGAGUGGUUCAAUGGGACUCUGUUCAUGGAACCUCCGUGGCCGGAGGCAGAGCGGUGGCUGCUGGUGGCUGUGUUGGGACUGGAGAUGGUCAUGGGAGUUGUGGGAAACUGUCUUGUUCUUCUGGUCAAAGUCAUGUGCAGGGGUCAGGUCUGCUCUCGGUAUUGGCUUCCUUUCAUCAGCCUCAGCAUUUCAGAUUUAGGCUGCUCCCUCCUCAUCAUCUCCGGCUCUCUGUUGGCCAUGCUGACAGGAGGUCAGAGGUCACCUUGGUGUGAGGUUGUCAGCCUGCUCAAGUUUGCCUUCAUCACCUCCUCCAUAGGGAGCAUAGCUAUCCUCUGUGUGCAGCAGCUGAUUGGCAUGGCCUCCACAAGAAGUCCUCUCUUUGUUGUCAUAGUAACAGCCUGCUUGGCUUCUUGGGUGACAGGGCUGGUGUUUGGGAGUGUCCCUGUUGUCUACGACUGGAUCAGGUACGACCCUGCAGAGAUGCUGUGCGCUGUCUUCUGGGAGAACAGCUAUUCAGACAUGCUGGUCUACAUUCUCUGUGCUUUCUCCAUCUGUGUCUUCCUUCCCUUCCUGCUCAUUGUCUUCUGCUCUCUACUGAGUGCCGCUGGCUGCUGCUCGAGCUGCAACAGUGAUGAUGAAGCCGAUCUGUCUACAGUCUGUCCUCUGCUGGCGGCCUCCUACGUGCUCUGCUACACCCCCUUUGUUGCGUCUGAGCUGCUCCUGCUGGGCAGGAUGGACCUGUCCCCGGCACCUGAUUGGUUAAGGACACUGUCAUCAGUGAUGUCAUACCUGGACUGUGGUCUGAACCCUCUUAUUUACUGCUCCCAUCAGAACUUCCGGGAGGCGGGCCUGGCCCUGCUUUGGACCAGAAGAAAACCAUCUGCAGAGCCUAUCCUCACUUCUAUCACUAGACAUGAUGUGUAA